AGGAGAGCACUGCAAUUACAGCACAGGCCCACUCACUCAUCCUCUUCUUAUCCCUUUCCACUGACGCAACUGCAACACAAAACCAUCCCCCCCUCUCUCUCUCUCUCUCUCUCUCUCUCUCUCUCUCUCUCUCUCUCUCUCUCUCUCCAAUGGCCGCUGCCGCUGCAAACUCCGCCGUACGCCGCCUCCCCUUCGCCGCCGCCUCCUCCCGCCGCCACGCGGGUGCGAUGUAUCGGCCGUGCUCCCUCUCGAUGAACGGCUGCGGCGGCGGCGGCGGCGAGCAAGCUCCGCUGGCGAUCUGCGAGACGCGGACGCUGCCGGCGGUCUCCACCGCCGAGUCGGCGGCGGCGCAGCUCGGAUCGGCGGUGGCCGCCCUCAACGCCGACCCCCCGCGCUGCCGCUCCGGCAUUAUACGGGUCGAGGUUCCGAUCCGGGAGGGGGGCGGGGAGGCGAUCGAGUGGCUGCAGGCGCAGCGGGCGGCGCUUCUUCCGCGUUGCUUCUUCUCGGAGAGAGCAGCAGGCGGUCAUCUGGGAAGUACGGGGGCAGACGGCAGCGCCUCCCCCCCGUUCUCCGGCAACGGCGGCAGCCUCCGCCGCCCGCGCCGCCCCCCCGUCCGCAGCGUCGCCGGCGUCGGCUCCGCCGUCCACUUCCGCCGCUCCGACCCCUUCGCCUUCCGCGACUGGAGGUCCAUCAAGCGAUUCCUCUCGACAGAUUGUCCUCUCAUUCGUGCUUAUGGUGCAAUCCGUUUUGAUGCAACCGCCAUUGUAUCUCCUGAAUGGAAGGAUUACGGGUCCUUUUACUUUGUCGUUCCGCAGGUUGAGUUUGAUGAGCUGGAAGAAGGCUCCAUUCUUGCUAUGACUAUUGCUUGGGAUGACUCCCUUCUUUGGACGUGGCAGGAAGCAAUGGAUGAGCUUCAGGCAACCAUGCUGCAGACAGAACCAUCAAAUUCAAUGGAAUCGCCAGUUUUACAGAUGGAAAAACAGGAAUCACAAAAUUCAAAAGUCAAGGAGGUGCUGGUUGAAAAAAAAAUAAAGUUGAUGGGCCAAUCUCAAAAUGGAAUCUCCCCGCUUUUUCUUAAAUUAAACGACCCGUGCCCAAAAGCAAAUAUCAUCAGUCUUAAUCACGUGCCAACCAAAGCAUCUUGGGAUGUUUCUGUCGUGAAAGCUCUUCAAAUGAUAAAAGAAAGCGACCCAGAGCUAGUGAAGGUUGUGUUGGCAAGAUGUAAUAGAUACAUCACCGACAUCGGAAUUGAUCCUAUAGCAUUAUUAGCUUGCUUAAAAGGCGAGGGUCAAAAUGCUUACCAGUUCUGCAUCCAGCCACCUGAUGCUCCAGCAUUUAUUGGAAAUACUCCAGAGCAACUAUUUCACCGAAAAUACUUGAGCAUUUCGACCGAGGCUUUAGCCGGUACACGUGCAAGGGGUGUGACGAAGUCUGAAGAUAUCCAAAUUGGUCAAGAUUUACUUUUCAGCCCUAAAGAAAAUAUCGAGUUCACCAUUGUACGGGAGAGCAUAAGAAAUAAACUGGAGAAUCUCUGCAGUAAGAUACUUGUCAAGCCCAGCAAAUCCCUUCGAAAACUUCCUAGAGUACAACAUUUGUCUGCCCAAUUGUCGGCUACAAUAAGGAAUGAAGAUGAUGAGUUUGAUAUUUUGAAAUCUCUUCAUCCAAGUCCAGCUGUUUGUGGAUUGCCUACUGAAGAAGCACGCCGAUUUAUAGAAGAAAAUGAAAUGUUUGAUAGAGGAAUGUAUGCUGGACCUGUUGGUUGGUUUGGAGGUGCAGAGAGUGAAUUUGCUGUCGGUAUUAGAUCAGCUUUACUUGGAAAAGGAUGUAGCAUGUUAGUCUAUGCUGGUGCGGGGAUUGUUGAGGGAACUAACCCUACGUCGGAGUGGAAGGAGCUUGAUUUAAAGGCGUCCCAGUUCACAAGAUUGCUGCAGUAUCAGGAGCCUCAUAUUUACUAUCAAGAAGCUAAGAACAUGGGGACUACUGCCAUUUAAAUAGAUCUCGAGGCUGCAGGAGACGUCUGAAUCGCGUUAUCAGUUACUGAAUAGAGUUACUCAAGAGAAAUUUAUCGAAGAUGCGGCUCGAAUUCAUUUGCUUGCUAGGCAUGCAUGAUAUGAGAUAGAAGUCCAAAUUUUGAUGCCUAAAUUCUUUGGGUUUUUUCGCAUACAAAUCCCUACAAAUAAGUGAAUUGCGUAAAUGUCCUCGCAAAAUUAGUAUUUGCUUGCGUGCCCCUACAAACCUCAUGUAUUUGCGCGUGCGCACUGAUAGGGACCUCUAGGUAAAAAAUAGAGGUUUCAAUGCAACAUCGUCUUUGCAUCUUUUCAUAUAUGCCCGUAGUAGGGCAUAUAAAUACCAACUUCGUAAGGGCGUUUAUGCGAUUUCACAUAUUUGCAGGGGUAUUUGUAAAAAUCUCAUUGUUUUUUGUUGAUGCAUGUAAUUGCUAUAUUACUGUGUUAAUUGAGGUUUUUGUAGUGCAUGCAAACAAUGAUAUUGGUUUAUUAAUUAUCCUUAGUAGAAUUUCGACAUUAAUAUAUUAAAA